AUGGGACAUUCGUCGUCACUCAUCUCAAGCCUCGUCCACGUGAUGCCACUCUUCUUCAUGGCCCUCAAGGCAUCUACGCUGCGAUUCACCGGCCCUGGGCUGCAUCAUUCGUCACCAUAUCUUUCUGUAGAAGUGUACAUCGAUCGGACGCGGUCACGAGACAGAGUCAAGCUCUCAUCGCAAACGUUCUCCAGCCCCGGCGCCAUCAAAUCUACGCUGCCGGAUUUGUUCGUCUACAUCUGGUUUGUGCCAUGCGCUGCGCGAGACAGCUUCACAGUGCCACAAGCCGACCAAGUUGCUCUCCGCCCAUCCACCGCCGCUUCGCCUCGGUCGCGACAC